GGUCUAUAGUAGCGUAUACGGGCCUCGGUUGGGUGGUUGGGACGGGUCUGGGUCAAAGACACUGUAGCGUAGCUCUGUGUCGAUUCGUAUCUUCUGAACAGCCUUGGCCGGGUGGUUGGGAAUGGGCUGGGAUAUACGACAAAGCCCAUAUGCGCCACUUCGUAGUUGUCUUGUGGCCAUGGUUGGUGGUUGGGGCCGGAGACACGACAAAGCCCAUACGCGACAACCUCAGGUCAUGGCGGGCGGACGGGACGGGCCUGGGUUAUGUAAAUGUAGUUUUGCACUCCCUUGUAGUAUGUAUAUUGUAAAAGGCCCCGGUUGGGUGGUCGGGACGGACCUGGGAUAUAUUUUUUGUUUCACUCAUGGAAUCAGGUUAGCUCGAUGCUAUUCUGUGCCCGUGGGUCAAGGUGCGUACUUCCUCCCCCUAUUGUUUUUCCUAGGCUCGGCGGGUGGCUGGGAUGGGCCUGGGACAUAGACGGUGGAUUCACAGUCUAUGUUUUAUACUAAUCCUGCUUUUCAUUUCUUCAUUCUGUUUGGUUCUUUUUUUCUUUUGUUUUUCUUUUUCCCUUUGUCUUUCCUUUCUUUCCUUUCUGCUUCUUUUUUCCAUAGAAGGAUAGGUUCAAGAAGUGACAAAUAAAGUAACCUUUUUGUGGCCUCGUAC